AUGAGCACUCCUUCAUCAUUUGCACAACCUACUGUGUGGGCAAUUGAGCAAAUGGAAAAUCCAUUAAUUCUUAACCACCAUCCCUCUUCAGCAUUUGGGCUUCCUUCUAUGUCAGAAACAUUCAAAGAUGAAGAAAAAUGUAAAAAGAAACUUCAUAAUAUGUUGGGUAAAUAUCUUGGUACUGUGUUUCAGGAAGUAGGCUUUCGAGAAUCAAGUACUACAGAUGAAUUGGGUCUUGGUGCUGGAUGUCCAUAUGUGCAGGCAUCUUCAUAUUAUGCAGAUUUUAUUCUGCAUCAUAGAAAAAAUUCAGCUGUGAAAGUCAUAAAUCAAAGUUGCUGUCCUACCUUUUUACUCCAUCUUACAGGUCCAUAUUUGGGCAUUGCUGGUGCUGUUUUACAAACAAGGUUACAUAUUGAUGGUAAAUUGGUAUUUGUUGUAGAAAGUAAGGGAAAUUGUACAAUUGUGAAAUUUUCUAGGAGAUAUCCAAAAGAUAUUCAUUUGAAAUGUUCUGAAUUAGGAUUAACACCAAAUAUUGACAAACUUCUUCAUAAUAACCCAAAUCAAGCUGAUUGCAUAAAAUCUGCAGUUGAAAAAACAGUGAAUAGAUUUCAUAAUGCAGGAUUUGUACAUGGAAAUAUGCAUGCAAACAAUAUUUUUGGAUAUUUAAACUGUAGCAAAAUUCACAUUAAGAUAGUUGGUCUUAGUUGGGCAGGUUAUGAGGGAAAAGCUCGAUAUCCUUUCUUUCUGAAGAAAGACAAAAUUCAAAGGGAUGAGGAUAUUAAAAUUAAGAUUUAUGCACCUUCAGAAAGAAAAUAUAGUACAUGGAUAGGUGGAUCUAUAUUAGCAGCUCUAAGCACUUUCAAGAAGAUGUGGGUUUCAGCUGAAGAAUAUCAAGAAGAUCCUGAUAUCAUUCAUAAAAAAAGUUUCUAA